AUGUCGAGCAUUGUCCUCGCACCUGACACGACGGCGGGUGUCACUUCCCCACAACGUGUCAACCCCAAACAGACCGACGACGCCAACACCCUCGCCAAGGAUCUGCUGGGCGUUACCCUCAUACCUGAGAUGACGAUGUUCCUUUAUACCGCAACAAUAGCUUCAACUACCAACAAUCUGAAAAGAUGGUUCCCUAUUGGUUCUGCAUAUAGGAAGGUUGGAUCGCUCGAGUUCCUUCAAAAGCUCAGUGGUAUUCAGAAGUCAGUAGGUCAGAAUGGUGUAGUUGAACCUGAUACAUCAUGGGAUAUAAUAACGUCAGUGGAUUUGUGGAAAGAUGGUGGCUCAGAUGAUGGAUAUGUACUUGUUAAGCACGAGGAUGUUGUUGAUGGGAUGACUUCCUUUAUGGCUGCAUGUUUGGUGUCAAUUAAAAAGACCAAGGACCUGCCCCUUGAUCAACUUCAAAAAGCGCUUAGGAAGACGUUUUCAGCUGAAAAGAAGAAAAGUAAAAUUCGGAAGGCAUGGGAUGGAACUAAAGUCAUUUAUAAUGAUGCUUCAUGGGGCGCCACUGUUGUUGGGGUCUAUAGUAAUCGAGCAUUACUUACGAUCGCAACUACAACGUUUCAGACUUCCUGUCGUGUGAUAUCCAAGUUCCUUUGAAUAUUGUGUCAACUACUAGGGCAUGUUAGAAUUGCUUGCGUGUGUGCUUUUCCAUUGUUCAGGCAGCAUAAAGCUUGAGACCAUUUGUUUAGUCUAUGCUGAUGAGUUCGACUGCUA